AAGAAACAAAAUAAGAAGUAGUAGACAAAGAGGACCUUGUAAUCAGCCAUAAACUGGUGUUAAAAAGUGUAACCAUGGUGAACACUGGCAUGCAGCUGAUCAGCUUCACCUGUGCGGUGACUGGCUGGAUCAUGGCGAUCGCCGUCACGGCCCUGCCUCAGUGGAAGGUCUCGGCCUUCAUCGGCAGCAACAUCCUGACCUCGGAGAUCAAGUGGGAAGGCAUCUGGAUGAACUGCAUCUAUCAGACCACGGGCCACAUGCAGUGUAAGACGUACGACUCCAUGCUGGCGCUGCCUCCGGACAUCCAGGCCGCCCGCGCCCUCAUGUGCCUGGCCAUCUUCAUGGGCUGGCUCUCCUGCACCGUGUCCUGCUGCGGCAUGAAGUGCACCACCUGCGCGGGGGACGACCGGCGGGCCAAGGCGGGCAUCGCGCUCUCAGGUGGCGUCCUCUUCAUCCUGACCGGCCUGUGUGUGCUGAUCCCCGUCUCCUGGACCGCCAACACCGUCGUCCAGGAUUUCUACAACCCCAACGUGCCGCUGAUGCACAAACGAGAGCUGGGGCAGGCUAUUUAUCUGGGCUGGGCGUCGGCGGUCAUUCUCAUGAUCAGCGGGGCCGUGUUGAGCAGCACCUGCCCCCUCAUGGAGAGGGGAGGCAGGUACCGCAGGGGCUACAUCGGCCGGAGCUUUGCUAAUUCACCCGCUUCGGCACCAGAUCCCCCAAAACCCAUCACAUCCAAUAGUGUCCCUUUGAAGGAGUAUGUAUAGGAAGAGUUGGUGUUUUUAAAAACUCUCUUAAUUUACUGUCUCAAGUUUUGAAUCUGUGACUAUACUUUAAAUAUAUUUAUUAAUAUAUUCAACCUAUAUUUUGUAUAUCUCUUUGUAAAGUGUCUUCAGUAUUUCACAUUUGUUUUGAAGUUUGACUUUUACCGCACUGUGAUUUAUAGUGGUGCCUGAAGAAAGCCCAUUGCCUAUAUUGUCAGAUGAAAAAGUAUGACUGUUAUGAUGGCUUUAAUGAUGGCUCCUGUUGUGAAAGAUUGCAGUGAUUUCUUAAGCAGUUAUUCCCUGACGAUGUCA